AUUAGUUCCCAGAGCAGUGACACUUGUUAUUCAUAUCACUGGUCUACCUGACUACUGUAAUAGGUUGACGACUACGAAAGCUCCUACAUUAUGUGAAGCUAAUCGAGGCAAGCUAUUUGUUAGUGUUCGAGCUCACAAGUCCGCAUAGAUACGUUUUAAAAAGAAGGAUUCUGACAGACGAAUGGCUCGUGUAACGCCGUCGGAGUUGCACAUUGCCGUCCUAUCAGGCGACGUCAAAGCGACGCGGAAACUCAUUCGCGACGGCUGGGACUCGGCCGGACGCGACGGGUUUGGUCGCACGCCGCUGCAGUGGGCCGUUGUUCUCGGCCACGAGGACAUCACCAAGGCUUUAAUCGUCAACACUCCGCUGCGCUUCCUCCAUUCCGCAGACCGCCACGGGCGCAACGUGAUUCACUACGCCGCCGCGCAAGGCCGCGCGGACCUCCUCCGCGUGCUCAUCCAACGUGGCGGGAACGUCGAUUCGCGGGAUUGCCUCCAGACGACGCCUUUGCACUUCGCCGCUACAGCCGUCGAUUCUGCUGUAGCGGAGAUUCUGCUGGAUAAAGGCGCGGAUGUGUUUGCCGUGGACGCGAGCGGAUUAACCCCGAUGGACUACGCUGUUAGGCACGGCAGCGCUGCUUGCGAGGAGCUUUUUCGAAGCAAGAUGCGUCUGCUGUGCGCGAAGGACGCCGCCGACGAAGCGGAGGACGAGAGCAGCGCGUCGACCGAGAGCAGCGCGCGAUACCCGCUCGCCACUUUAGACGCGAAUGCUCCUCUCUGCGCGGCAUCUCUCCCGUCUCGCCCAAUAAACGCUUCAGAGCCAUUGCUCGGUCCAGAGGAGCCGGCACACAAUCCGGGAGGCACGGUGCCUUCAUCUUCAUGCACAUCCGCCUCCUCCGCUCCCUCCUCCGCUCCCUCCUCCGCACUCUCCUCCGCUCCCUCCUCCGCUCCCUCCUCCGCACUCUCCUCCGCUCCCUCCUCCGCUCCCUCCUCCGCACUCUCCUCCGCACUCUCCUCCGCUCCCCCCUCCGCUCCCUCAAUUCCGUCCAUUCCAUCCGCUACCCCCUCCUUCACGAAUAAAGCCACUCCGUCGUCGGCUCUGGAGUCGCUGUUUGCCGCCUGGAAGUCGUCCUGCGAAAAGUCUCGCCUUGGCGAGUCGCAGGCGACCCUUACGAAUAAAGCGACAGGCGACCACUCGUCGCCGUCAAGAAUAUACGUCAGCGCGCCAGCAGGUGCUGCAGCAGCGGCGGGAGAUUCGGGCCCCUCCGCCAUGGAGUGGGCGCCGUGCGGGGGGGCAAGCGGCAGCCUGUCGUGCGGCGUGGCGGGCACGUGCAGCGGAUUGUGCGGUCAAUUGGCGGCGCCGUGCGGUAUAUUGGAACAGGCGGGCUGGCACUCGGCAGAGCGACCCAGCCACGCGGUUUGCUGCUAAGCGCACUUUGCGUGAGGUGCUGUUUCGCGCGCUUCGCGCUCCGAAUAAAGACACCCUGCCCCGACCUUGCGCUCAUCGAGGCAUCUGAUAAUGGUGACGCGCCAGUGGACGGACAGAUUGUCGCUACAGUGGUUGUACCCUUCCUGACCGUACGCCGUGUGCACGUUGCCACUCGUACGGCACUCGUACGCCACUUCAUCCGUACAGCUGUAGAACCGUACGAGCUUGCACCCCUCCUCCGUGAUAAUAACUUUCCUUAUGCAUUCUGCCACGACGUGUCACGAGACGCUUGUCAAGAGCCGUAGGCGCUAUCUAUGCAGCGUCAAUUUGGACUGGAGCUUUCCCUGCAGUAAAAAUUGUGGCUUUGCCCACAGUGGUCCCCCCUUUUCCACCCUCAUCCUUCCCCCUCGCCCUCCCCCCCUUUCUCUCUCUCUCUCUCUCUCUCUCUCUCUCUCUCUCUCUGUCUGUCUCUCUCUCUCUCUCUCUCUCUGUCUGUCUCUCUCUCUCUCUCUCUCUCUCUCUCUCUCUCUCUCUCUCUCUCUCUCUCUCUCUCUCUCUCUCUCUCUCUCUCGCGCGCUCUUUCUAUCUAUCUCUCUCUCUCUCUCUCUCUCUCGCACUCUCUCGCACUCUCUCACUAUCUCUCACUCUCUUACUCUCUCUCUCCCUUGCUCCCUCGCUCCCUGUCUCCGUCUCGAGGUUCAUUCCCCCACCUCCCUCUCUUCGGUCCACUCCCCGUCAUCUGUUCACCUGCUUCUGUGUGUCCACGCAAGUCAGUCACUAAGGGCAGCAGCUGCUUGCUUGGCUACAAUCCGUCCCGGCCAUGAUAGUGGAGGAGCUAUGGCCUCCGGUAUACUCAAAAUAAUGGGCUCCCACCAGUUCAGGCGUGACGCAGGCCUUCUGAUGCUGAGGCUGGUUUGUGGAAUAGAAAUGCUUGGUUCUUGUUCACGUACUAAUAUGUAUUUGUGAUAUAGUGGCCAUAUGGAUAUGUACAUGGGUCAAG